UUAGAUUUUUUCAUUUCUUACUAAAUAAUUAACCUUCUCCUUUAACAAUAUAAUUUUAUUAUAAAUAAUGUCAUCUAUAAUUGCUAAAGGAUGCCAAAUAAUUCAACAUUUUCCUAAAUUAGUUUUUAAAACACCUAAACGUACAAAUUUUACAUAUAGGGCAGAUUUAACUUGCCCAGUGCAAGGAGAAAAAAUUUCGAUGAACAUGUUUCAAGCAAUUAAUAACUCAUUGGACUUGGCCCUAGAAGAAGAUGAAACUGCUCUUCUGUUUGGUGAAGAUGUUGCUUUUGGUGGGGUUUUUAGAUGUUCAAUGAAUUUACAAAAGAAAUAUGGUAAAUAUCGCGUAUUUAAUACUCCUCUCUGUGAACAAGGAAUUGUGGGAUUUGGCAUUGGAAUUGCAAACACAGGUACCACAGCCAUAGCUGAAAUACAAUUUGCGGAUUAUAUUUUUCCAGCAUUUGAUCAGAUAGUAAAUGAGGCAGCAAAGUAUAGAUACAGAAGCGGAAAUCAAUUUGAUUGUGGAUCCUUGACAAUAAGAGCACCAUGUGGUGCUGUUGGCCAUGGUGCUUUGUAUCAUUCUCAAAGUCCUGAGGCAUACUUUGCGCAUACACCAGGUCUGAAAGUUGUUAUACCUAGAGGACCAAUUAAAGCUAAAGGAUUGCUAUUAGCAUGUAUUAGAGAUAAAGAUCCUUGCAUAGUUCUUGAGCCAAAAAUUUUAUAUAGAAUGGCUGUGGAAGAAGUUCCUAAAAUUGCAUACGAAUCUGAAAUCGGCAAAGCAGAUACAUUAAGAGUUGGAGGAGAUUGUACUCUAAUUGGUUGGGGAACUCAAGUCCAUGUGUUAUUAGAGGUAGCCGAUAUGGCUAAAGAAAAAUAUGGUGUAAAUUGUGAAGUUAUAGAUUUGGUAUCAAUAUUACCAUGGGAUAGCGAAACUGUGUGUAAGUCGGUUAAAAAAACUGGAAGGGCAAUUGUUUCUCAUGAGGCUCCUCUUACAAGUGGUUUUGGAGCUGAAGUGGCUGCCACAAUACAAGAAUCCUGUUUUUUACAUUUAGAAGCCCCAGUUCAAAGAGUAACUGGUUGGGAUACUCCCUUCCCCCAUGUUUUUGAGCCUUUUUAUUUGCCAACAAAAUUCAGAUGCUUAGAUGCUGUAGAAAAAGUUAUUAGAUUUUAGUACCUAUCGGUUCCUACGUAAUCGUAUUUUAAAAAAUAGACCAUUGAAUAUUGAAACGGAUGCAUUUAAAAUUUUUGUUUACAGGUAUUAAACGUUUAUGUUUAUACAUGUACAUACAUACAUAUAUAAAUAAAAGUUUGAAAUAUUUUGUAAAUGUGUAUAUAGAUAUGUAAAAAAUAAAGUUAAUAUGUAUGCAA